GUCGUCUACAUUUCAGCAGCUAAUUAUGGCAGCUAGAAUAUCGGAUACUGAUGUAAUCACCGAUCUUGAAGGAGAAGAAGCACCCCAAUGUGCACAUGGGCCAGCUCUAAUGUUUGUUCGAUACAGUGGUUCUGAUCAAGGCAGGAGAUUCUUUGCUUGUUCAGCAUUCAGGGACAGAAAAGCUUGUAGUUUCUUCAAGUGGUGUGAUGACAAAAUCACAAAGGAAAACGAAGAAAUGCGAAAAAUGAGACGUAAAUCUGAAGAGUUAAUGCUUACGCACAAGCAGUAUAGGAAAAGAUUUUUAAGUUUUAAAAAGCUACCUCUGAAGGAGAGAGAUAUGUGUCGAACAUGUGGUUUGUUUUUGCUGCCAGGUGAGGUGAAGGAUCAUGGCAAGCAUGACAUUCUGAGCAACGUUAGCAAAGCCAUGUUAAAAGUACCAUCAAAGCUCUUCCUUCCCCUCGACAACAACAAAACUUAUGCUCAAUAUUUGUUUUCUGAGAAGACAGUGAAGUUUGUCCUGGGGCAAUUAAAGAGCCUACAUAAAACACAUAUAAUUUGUUUAGGAGCACCAAGAAUUCAUGAAGCAAUAAUGAAUGAAAAGGAUGGUACACUGACAAGUUUUCUGUUGGAUUUGGAUUCAAGAUAUAUGCAGUUAUAUGGACCUAAUAACUAUGCUAGAUACAACAUGUUCAACCAUCAUUUCUUUGAUGGGGAAAAAUCUGCACAUUCAUUCACCAAGUUUAUGAACAGUUGUUCACAUGACCAGGUUGCCAUGGUAUUUGAUCCACCAUUUGGUGGGAUGGUGGAUGCCCUGUCAGCUUCCUUAAGGAAGAUAUCAAACCUCUGGAGGACAACAUCACAAGCCCCUGAAGAUGCAUCUCUGUGUAUUUUAUGGUUCUUUCCUUACUUUAUGGAAAAAAGGAUAAUUGACUCAUUUAAAGAUAUCCAAAUGCUAGAUUACAAGGUUGACUAUGACAACCACCAGCUGUUCCAGGGUGAUGUAAAGAAGUAUGGAUCCCCUGUCAGGAUAUUUACCAAUAUCCCCCCUCACAAGAUCACCCUACCAGCAGAAGAAGGAUACAGGUUCUGUAAAGUAUGUAAUAGGUAUUCUGCCAAAGAAAAUGUACACUGUGAUGUUUGUGAUAUUUGCCCCUCAAAAGAUGGGAGGACAUACAAACAUUGUUUUAAAUGUGAACGGUGUGUGAAGCCCAACAAAGAACAUUGCAGUGUUUGUAAAUCAUGUCAGUUAAGGGAUCAUACCUGUGGAAAACCUAGCCAAGGAUGUCAUAUCUGUGGUGCUUUGGAUCACAAGAGAAGAGAAUGUCCAAAGAAAGGAAUUCAAUCAUCAGCCAAAAGAUUGAAUAUUGAUGGUCUGCUUGUUUAUUUCCCGUAUGACUAUAUUUACCCGGAGCAGUAUAUGUAUAUGCUGGAGCUUAAAAAAACUCUGGAUGCCAAGGGACACUGUGCUUUGGAAAUGCCUUCUGGUACAGGCAAAACUAUUUCUCUACUCUCUCUCAUUGUUGCAUAUAUGAAGGCAAAUCCACUGGAAGUAACAAAGCUUAUUUACUGCUCAAGGACAGUUCCAGAGCUUGAAAAAGUUGUUGCUGAACUGAAAAAUCUGAUGGAUUACUAUGAACAGCAACUUGGAAAAGGAAAGCCAAAAAUACUGGGACUUGCUCUUAGUUCAAGGAAAAAUUUGUGUAUUAAUCCAGAGGUCAGUCAAGAGAGAGAGGGUAAGACAGUCGAUGCUUUGUGUCACAAGCUCACGGCUUCAUUUGUCAGAGCCAAUCACAAGAGAGAUCCUAUGGUACCUGUCUGCAGCUUCUUUGAGAACUUUGAUGCACAUGGAAAAGAAAUUCCUCUUCCUGAGGGAGUGUAUGGACUGGAUGAAUUACAAGAAUAUGGAAGAAAAAAGGGAUUCUGUCCCUACUUUUUAGCUAGACAUGCUAUAAAUCAUGCAAACAUUGUGGUGUACAGUUACUAUUAUCUACUGGAUCCUAAGAUUGCUGAGCUGGUCUCUAAAGAACUCUCCAAGAAAGCUGUUGUUGUGUUUGAUGAGGCUCACAAUAUUGACAAUGUUUGUAUAGAAUCAAUGAGCAUCAAAAUCACAAGGCGAACACUGGAGAAAUGUCAACAGAAUAUUGAUAGCCUCAAUAGACAUAUCCAGAGAUUAAAAGACAGUGAUGCAGAGAGACUUAAAAAUGAAUAUCAGAAACUGGUUCAGGGAUUGAGAGAUGCAAACAUUGCAAGAGAAACAGAUGUUAUUCUAGCUAAUCCAGUCCUCCCAGAUGAUGUUCUCAAAGAAGCAGUUCCUGGUAAUAUCAGAACAGCUGAGCAUUUUUUGGGCUUCAUGAAACGAUUCCUAGAGUACAUGAAAAUAAGGUUACGUGUCCAGCAUGUUGUAUCUGAAAGUCCACCAUCGUUCCUCAAGGACUGUGUUCAGAAAGUUUGUAUUGAAAGGAAACCACUAAGAUUUUGUGCUGAGAGACUGAAUUCGCUAAUGAGGACCCUGGAGCUGGUAGAGGUACAGGACUACACGGCUCUCUCUCUCCUCUGUCAUUUUGCCACUCUUGUCAGCACAUAUGCAAAAGGCUUUGUACUGAUCAUUGAGCCGUUUGAUGACAGAACUCCCUCCAUUAUGAACCCCAUUCUUCACUUCAGCUGUAUGGAUGCAUCUAUUGCCAUUAAACCUGUUUUUGACAGAUUUCAAACUGUGGUCAUUACUUCAGGGACAUUGUCACCUCUUGAGAUGUAUCCAAGGAUACUGGAUUUUCGACCUGUUACCAUGGCAACAUUUACAAUGACCUUGGCCAGAACAUGUAUUUGUCCCAUGGUUGUAAGUAAGGGAAAUGAUCAAGUAGCUAUGUCUUCAAAAUAUGAAACAAGAGAGGAUGUGGCUGUGAUUCGUAACUAUGGUAACCUGUUGGUGGAGUUUUGUUCAGUGGUUCCUGAUGGCAUUGUUUGUUUCUUCACCAGUUAUAUCUACAUGGAGUCAACUGUGGCAGCAUGGUAUGAACAGGGUAUCAUUGAUCAAGUACAAAAACAUAAGCUACUAUUCAUAGAAACACAAGAUGCUGCGGAAACUUCUCUUGCUCUGCUUAAUUAUCAAAAGGCAUGUGAGAAUGGAAGAGGUGCUGUCUUGUUAUCUGUGGCCAGAGGAAAAGUAUCAGAGGGAAUAGAUUUUGACCAUCAUUUUGGGAGAGCUGUCAUUAUGUUUGGAGUUCCAUACGUUUAUACACAGAGUAAAAUUUUAAAGGCUCGAUUAGAGUACCUACGUGACCAAUAUCAGAUCAGAGAGAAUGACUUCCUGACUUUUGAUGCCAUGCGACAUGCAGCACAGUGUGUAGGCAGGGCCCUGAGAGGAAAGACAGACUAUGGUAUCAUGGUGUUUGCAGAUAAAAGAUUUGCUCGAGCAGACAAGAGGAGUAAGAUUCCUCGAUGGAUACAGGAGCACCUGAAGGAUGGAUUGUGUAACCUGUCUACAGAUGAGGCCGUCCAGGUCGCCAAGCGAUUCCUCAGGCAGAUGGCUCAGCCUUUCUCCAGGGAGGACCAAUUAGGACUAUCUUUAUUGACUGUGGAACAAAUUGACCAAGAGGACACAAAGAAAAAACUCCAGUCCAGGAUGCAGUAUGUUUGAUAGAGAGUAGUUUAUGUCUGUUUAAUGGAUCACAUCAACUCUUAAUGGAACUGUGCUACAAGUCUAAUAGUACCAAGUUAUUAUUCUGUGAAAGUCUUGAUUGUUUUGUAUGCUAUUUAUAUGUAGAGUAUCAUGAAUAAAACUGCAUACAUUGUUU